GGGCACCGGCGGCUCCGGCUUUUCCAGUCUGACUGCCUGAAGAAAGGGCGCCUCAGCCGCCAGAUUUGUGACCGUUUAACAAUCUGAUGAGCAGAACAUCAUGUCCUACAUGUCAAAUGCCCGUCGCAGCCGGCAGGAAGAUAUAAAGAGUGGAAUGGAAUUCAUUCAGUCCCCAAUGCCAUUCCUUGGGUCCCAGAAAGAUUAUGAGGUUUUUAUUCAGAAGCUUAUACGAAACCUUUUCAAUGAAGGAAAUGACCUUUACAGAGAGGGACUCAAGGAUGAGUCAAUAAACCAGUACACUGAGGCCCUUAGCAUUGCCAGUUAUGCUUCAUCUGAGGAGAUUGCCAUCACCAGCGAGACACUGGAGAAGCUGCAUGUGAACCGGGCGGCAUGUUGUAUAGACACGAGUUUCCAUGAAGAUGCUUUGAAAGAUUGUGAAGAUGCUCUACGUAUUAAUGACAGAAAUCUUAGGGCACUGUAUUGCAAGUCCAAAGCCUUAUUUUCUCUAGAGAGAUACAAGGAUGCUUAUGAAGCAGUUGGAAAGUGCUCUAUCAUUGCACCAAAGGAUGAGAGCGUGGUGAAACUAACACGUGAGCUAGCUGUGAAGCUGGGGCUAAAAAUUAGGAAAGCCUAUGUCAGGGCACAGUCUAAUUCCAAGGUUACAGUUUUGGACCCAUCAGAAAAGAUGUCUGAUAGUUUUGCAGAUCAGAUAGAGCCAGAUCUGCCUGAAGUUGAUGGCCAUGACCCUCCUCACGUGCAUUUCUCUACACUGAGUCUGAACAAUGAACCAUUAAGAGAGACAUCACCAGUUCCAGUCCAUCCAGUCUCUCCAAGUGUGCCUCCGGUUUCUGAGACUGGGAUAUUCCCUUCAGCACUUAUAAGUAGUGAUGCAUCUGUUUUAUUUCCACUGUCAACCUUGCAUGAUGAAAUAAUUGGGGAUGAACUGGAUCGCAUGCUCGAUUCCGUGCCGUCAUGCAAUGGGCUGAACAUGACUAGCAGUGCUGUAGGAGGUACCAGCAGAUUGCACGACUUUUCAGGACUGGAGUCUCCUUUGAUAUACCAGAGUUACGCAUUCCCACAGAUAUUAACACCCCUGCCCAUGAUGAGCUCUCAAAGAGAUAUUUCUGUAUUGGAUCACUUGAAUGGAAUACCGAACGCUAGUCUAUUAGACAAAACUCAAUUUUCUGUAAAUGAUUCCACACACUUUCUUAGUUCAGGAAGCCCUAUAGAUUUUUCUGGGACACAUAAGAAAGCACAUACGUUUCAAUGUGUUGAUGUCGAGCCAUCUUCUGUAUUAAGCAUCAGUUCCACUGUGAGGAGCACCAAUCCUCUUGAAGAUACCCAUGAGUUCAGACAGGCCUGUCAGCAGUGUUUUACCAAAGCAGGGUUAAAGUCCUUAAACUACAAUUAUCUUCCCAACUUGGAUCAUAAAUGCAAGAAGGACCUUUUUAUAGGAAGACUGAAGAGUUCUGCUGAUGACUCCUGGAAGGGAAUCAGACGAAGGCCAACAAAGAAUCACUAUGCGGGUCAAUACUAUAUAUGUAAAGAUGUUGCUCAGGGCAUUGAGUGCACUUACCCAGGAUGUUGCACAUUUGGAUAUUGUCAAGAAGAAAUUGAUGUAUGGACUCUGGAGAGGAAAGGGAUGUUUUGCAGAGAAGCAAUAUUUGGAGGCAAUAGUGAAGUCAAUUUGACAAUCCCACAUCUACUGCAGGAGUAUUCUGGGACAUUCGUUUUUUUGUGCGAGAAAUGUUUUGACCACAAACCCAGGAUUAUCAGUGAAAAAGAUAAAGACAACCACAUUAGCUGCUCACAUCCUGUUGCAAAACAUCAUUUUGAAGAAAAUAAGUGUCUGGUUCAUCUGUUCAGAGACGCUGUUGUUAAGUACUGCAAGAUCCGUCCAUUCAGCAAACACUUUAUACUAGAUCUUUGUCGACACGAGGUCCAAUAUAGAUGCUUACGAGAUGAUGAUUGCUUCUACGCCCACAGCUUGGUGGAACUAAGAGUCUGGGUCAUACAAGAAAAGACAGGAAUUUCCUUUGAAAGAAUUGUUCAAGAGUCUGAGUCAUAUUGGGCAAAGGAGUCCAGUUCACUAAAGCCCCAGCUGUUGAGCAUUCCCAAUAGUCCAGGAUACCCAAAUUUCAACAUCAAAUUUGUUUGUGGACAAUGCUGGAGAAAUGGGCAAGUGAUUGAAUCAGACAAAAAUCGAAAAUACUGUAGCGCAAAGGCAAGACACACAUGGACUAAAGAUUGCCAGGUUGUUCUUGUGAUGUCCAAUGAGCGCAAAAAGUGGAUAUCUAUCCGACCAUGUCCUACAAAGAAGCCCGUACCUGUUCAGUUUGAGUUGUGUCAUCAUAUAUUAAAUGCCAAAAAAUGUCAGUAUAUUGGAAAUUGCGCAUUUGCUCACAGCCAAGAGGAGAAAGAGAUAUGGACGUUCAUGAAAGAUCUAGACAUUCAGGAUAUGGAACAAUUGUAUGAGAAGUUGAACAGCAAGAAGACGGCAAAAGGGAAUGAGAUUUCAAGUCAAGGGAACAAACUAAUUCACCUUCCUACUGACUACGCAGAAACCGCAGUUGAUUUUCAUUGCUGGCUUUGUGGUAGAAACUGCAAUAGUGAGCGUCAGUGGAAGAUGCAUAUGUCAUCAGAAAAGCACAAAGAGAAAGUUUUCCUUUCUGAAGAUGAUCAGAACAUCUGGCAGCACCGCUUCCCUACUGGCUGUUUUAGCAUAUGUAAAAGGUUCUUAUCUGGUUCAUGUCUGAAUGAUGAGCAGUGCACAUUUGCUCAUGGAAAUGCUGAACUUGUGGAAUGGAAAGCGAGGAGCGAGGUUCUACGCCAAAAACUGGAGAAAGCACGCAAGGAUCAGCUCAUUAACCCUGAUGAUAAUGACUUUGGAAAAUAUAGUUUUUUGAUUAAAGAUUUCAAGUAAAGUAUCUGAUUAUGAAAUACCACAAGGAUAAAAUGGUGUAGGAGGUUUUUUUUUUUUAAAAAAAAGGUCCCGAUAUUGAGGAAACAUCAGGUCCUGCUCCUCUUGAUGUUCUGAGUCAUAUGAGGCAGAAAAGCAUUUUGUGGAUGUGGAUCUCAUUGUUAAAAAAUGAGAGCAAAGGAUACUGAUACCUACUUCAUAAAUGGGCAUUGCAGACUGAUCAGUUGUUCUAAUGAUAGAUCUACAGUAAACUAAAUCUCUGAUCUCACAGGGAAGGGUUGAUUAUUUCUGAAAACGCUUUUAUUGAUUAGCCUCAGCAUCACAGUUAUUGGAAUAUAUAUUUGUAUAGAUGCAAGAAAAAUAUAGGAACAGGUUCAUAAGAUAAAAUGAAAACUUUUCCCAAUUUUGUUUUAUCCUAAAUAUAGCUAUCCCCAAGGUAACCAAAGGCUGUAGCCUCCAAAGGGGAGCCUUGUGGCAUCGUCGGUAAGGUUUGUGUCCAGUCCUGCUGCUCCUGCAGCAGUAUAGUAUCAGUAUGCGUGGCCAUGUGGACAGAACAUGUGAGUACAUUGCUAGCAGCGCGUAGGUGUAGAGUCCCAUAGGCCAGGCUGCUAAGCAACCUUCCUAACAUAGCCCGUACUUAUUUGAGUUUAAUAAUGGUAGCUAUUGAUUGAAAACCUUUUUAAUGUUGUAUUAUUAUUAUAUUGGUAAAGUAUUUGAUUAUUUAGUGGAAUAUACCAUAUGCUGAGCUUGAUAUACUGUAGCUGAAACCCAGUCAUGUUUAAUCUAAUGUUCCAUAGGGCACUUAAAGGGGCAUUCUCAUUGUAUAAGGGUAUGGUAUAUCACUAGGAUAGGCACUCGCUUCAUGAUCUAACCCCUGGGACCCCACUGACUCAGCGCUGCAGCCCCUUCUCUGGAGCCAUGCUGUGCAGAGGAACCCAAUCUAUUGUUCCCAGUUACCAGCCAUAUCAGAGGCGCACAGUAGUGAUCUUCAGUGGGACAUUUGACCUGAAAAAUCUUUUUCCUUGACGUGGGGUAAUAUUAGCAGCUCAUUUUAUAAGUGAUUGACCAUGUUUUGUGGCCUUUUUAACGUGAAAUCAUUCUGUAGUUAUUGGUUUGUUUUCAGUUCAUUUACUAUUUUGCCAAAACUUACACAGUGGAUUUUUUUUUCCACAGUGGGUGGAUGAGAUUUCCUAGCAUCUCCACCACUUUGCUGCUACUGUAAAAUGCUGCGGGUCCGCAGCUCAUCCGUCACAUGUAUAUUGGGGGCUUCUCCCAGCUUGUACAUUAAAUGGAGCACAAAAACGCAAAGUAAACAUAGCCUUACCUAUUUACUGACCAUUCCGCUUAUGGUUCCUGCCUUUUUACAUGAGGAAUAUUUUUUUUUUGUGAUAUUCUUUACAUUCGUAUAGAAUGCACAUUUAGAUUUACUAAGCUAAAUGCACCUAAAAACUGGCAUGUGGGCUUUGAACCACAUUUACAGU